CACUCCGUCCGUCAAGUCAGCAGUCAAAGUCUAGCAAACGCGCUUAUAACUUUUAGGACACUAUUAUAUUAAUUCAAUUUACGUAACCUUAUUUAUAUAAUAGAUUAAUUAAUGUAAUAUUCUUAUUAUUAAUUACUACUCCCUUCAAUUGCUCAAUUUCGUAUAAGCUUAGAGCUUUGUACGACGACGUCGUCUGCCAUGGCUGACAAUAAAGACCAGGUGAAGCCGCUGGCCCCCGCCGCCGUGGCGCCGUUCUCCAGCCCCAGCGACGACGGCGCGUUCGCGUUCUCGCCGGAGUUCAAUUAUUCAUCUCACCGGCGGCGGAAAUCAUGCUGCGUCAAGUGCUGCGGCUGCGCCGCCGCCGUGAUGCUCGUUCUGGCGGUGAUCGCGCUCGCGCUGGUCCUCACCGUUUUCCGAAUCAAGAAUCCCAAAAUCAAGAUGAACUCCGUCGAGAUCAACGGCUGGGAUGCGGCCGCCGGCAACGGAAACGGAAACGCUAACGGCACAAUCAAGCUGACACUGACGGCGAACGUCUCCGUAAAAAAUCCUAACGUGGCGUCAUUCAAGUUCUACAAUACGACGACGUCUGUGUACUGUAACGGGUCGCCGGCCGGCGAGGCGUCGACGCCGGCGGGGGAAAUCCUCGCCGGAAAAACGAUUUCGGUGAAGAUCAACGUGCCGGUGGCGGAGGACGUUAUAACGGCGGGAGGGAAUCUACCCGUACUGAGUAGUCGUACCACAAUGAUGGGGAAAAUUAGCAUUAAAAAUAUCAUUAAAAGAAGUCAUGUCGUCGUGAAGAUGAACUGCACCAUGAAAGUGAAUCCAACAACUCAUUCUUUGCAGGAUUUCUCCUGCUUCAAAACGGCAGCUUCCUCCUAAUUUAAUUUUGCAAUGUAUAUUAUGGGUGUGUAAAGUAAACACAUGAAUAGAUGCAACAGGUAAAUUAUAAAAUCUACGUAUAAUAUUUGUUGGUAUUUCUAUUCAUAGCACCAUAGCCAGCACUAAUACUACUUGCUAUAUAUAUGCUAUUAAAAAAAAAAAAAUCCUAAAUUAAGAACCCUAAUAGUUCCAAGCCAUAAAACUG